UCGACACCUCACUCCAUACCUGCACAGGUAACUAUUAAGCGUCACCAUCAUCCUCUAACCAUCAGAUCACGAUGUCUCGUACAAGCUCCGCGAGUAUGUUCGGUGGGGCCGGGGGAAGGGACUCCCGUGCGUCGGUGUCUACUCUGCAGGGUCUCCGGAGCGCGUUGCGCCCCGACUCCCAGAGGAGAGAUGGCGACAUCAUGGGCCCGGCUCAGCCUGAUGACAAGCGGACCAUGAAGGGCCUGAACGACCGCCUGUCUGGUUACCUGGGUCGGGUGCGCCAGCUGGAGAAGUCCAACACGGAGCUGGAGGAAAAAAUCAAAGAGAUUUUGAAGAGGAGAGGGAAGACGACCGACCAUGAUUGGGAGGAGAUUGAGAAACCCCUGGCAGCUCUCAGGAAGCUGGUUCGUCAAAAGACCAUGGAGAAUGCUCGUCUUAUUCUGCAGAUUGACAACAGCAAACUGGCCAACGAAGACUUCAAAAACAAGUUGGAGACCGAGCAGUUGGCGCGUCAGAAUGUGGAUCGGGACGUUUCCGACCUGCGCAAGGUCAUCGAUGACACACAGCUGUCCAAGAUGCAACUGGAGAGUCAGAUCGAGGCCGUAAGGGAGGAACUGGCUUAUCUCAAGAAGGAUCACCGUGAUGAUGUGAUGUCGCUGCGUCUGAAGGUGAAGGACUCCGACGUCACUGUAGAAGUGGACUCCCCCGACUCCAACCUGGCCGGCAACCUCAACAAAAUUCGCGCGCAGUAUGAGAAGGUCGCCGAGAAGAACCGUGAGGAGACCGAGACCUGGUAUAAUAAGAGGUUUGAUAACAUCAAGGUUGAAGUGGCUAAAAAUACGGAGUCCAUCCAGUCCAGCAAGACUGAGCUGAAUGACCUACGUAGGCAGAAACAGUCCCUGGAGAUUGACGUGCAGGCUAUGAAUGCAAUGAUCUUCUCUCUGGAGGAGAACCUGCGUGAUACGGAGGGCCGCUACGGCCACGAGCUGGGCCGGCUGAGCCGCGUGCUGCAGUCUCUGGAGUCGGAGCUGACCCAGGUGAGGGCCCAGGUGGAGCGGCAGGGCGACGACUACCAGGCCCUGUUCAGCGUCAAGAUGAAGCUGGAGGCCGAGAUCGAGAGCUACCGCAAACUGCUGCAUGGCAUCGAUAGCACCGGCGAUUUCGCCUUGGAACAGGCCUUAAACAGCGAGCCCCCACAGAAGAAAGAGCCUAAGAAGGGCAAGGGGAAAGAAGUGGCCCCAAAGGACAAGACAGAGGCCAAAGCUCAGGCUGAUGACAAGGAUAAGCCUGACGGCCCUCCACAGAGUCCAGCAAAGUAAAAGAAACAACAACAAAUAAAUAAAAAUAACAACACAAAUGUGUUUUUUUGAUGGGGAAGGGGCUUUGUUUUCUGUGCAGAAAACUAAGAUGUGAACAAAUAAAGGCAUUUGAUUUGACCUGCA